AUGGCUGAGUACGAAGCUCAACAUCGUGGGAGCACGACACUGACAAUGCACAGCCAGUACCCGGAGGCACAGGUCAUUGGGACGGACCUGAGCCCGAUUCAACCUUCAUGGGUUCCACCGAAUUGUGUCUUUGAGAUCGACGACUUCGAACUUCCGUGGAACUUCACCCAACCAUUUGAUUUCAUCCAUGCUCGGAGUGUUGAGGGAUGCGUCAAGGAUUUCCCGCAUCUCUUUCACCAAGCACAUCAGAACCUCGUUCCUGGGGGCUGGUUUGAAAUGAUGGAACCCACCGUCGACAUCUUCUCCGAUGACGAUAGUAUUUCGAAGGCGCCGUAUCUAUCUGAAUGGCGGGAUAUGUUGAUCGAGGCGAGCAGAAAGUUUGGCAAAGAGAUGGGAGCGGCGAAAAAUUACAAGCAGUGGAUGACCGAGACUGGCUUCACGGAUGUGACGGAGGAAAUAUUCAAGGUGCCUUUUUCGCCAUGGGCUAAAGACCCUAAGCUGAAGGAACUGGGACGCUACCAACAAGCCAAUAUGCUUGAGGCUCUCGAUGCGUACUCGUUGGCGCUGUUCACUCGAUUCUUGGGUUGGAGUGUUGAUCAGAUUCAGGUGCUUUUAGUCGGGGUUCGACGAGAAUUAUUAGACCGGAGGCUACAUAUCUACUCUCGAUACUAUCUGGUUUACGGCCGGAAGGAGAAGGAAGACUCGUAG